AUGACAUCAUUAUAUGAACUUUUCAACAUGGCGACAGAGCAGACUGGAGAAAUUGAUGCGAUGGAAAAUUCGAUCCGAACUUCCCAUCCUGGGUUUAGCAAUGAAAAAUAUUCUCUGCUCGUUAUUGUCGGGGAACACAGCCGACCUGGCCUUGUGGAUUACGUGGUUGCCGAGAUAGAAAGAGGCAUUCGCUCCUGGGAUGUGGACCUGAUGGCCUGCAACCUGGACGAGCAGCUCAAGCUCUUCGUGUCGAGGCACUCCGCCGCCUUCUCAGAGGAGGUCAAAGGCCAGAGGACGCUGCAGCACAGUGGCGAUGUCCUGGAGACCCAGGUGGUGGUGAACCCCUCCCACCUGUGCAUGUGCUCGGAGGUGCGAAGGCUUAUUUCUGAUGUGUCGCGUCACAAAUUGCUGGUUCUUGCGGGACAGUGUGUGGAGGAGACUGGCGACUUAGUCUUGCAGACAGGGUGCUUCUCCCUCCAUGACUUCAUUCAGAUCUUUGCAGAUGAAGAGAUUGGUGAGCUGCUAAGCUCAGCAGACCCAACUCAAAAAGCUAGUCUUACCCUUGGCUGCCCCAACUCUGGUGUAUGGAAGAAUUCUGUAUUGGAGAAACAUAACCUGCAGGACUUCAUUGAAAUCAAGACGAACCCACCAACAGUGCUACCGGAGAUGGAGGGACUGCAGGAAUUCACAGAGUAUCUUUCAGAGUCCCUGGAGCCACAGUCUCCUUUUGAAUUGCUGGAACCUCCCAGCACUGUAGGCUUCCUGAAGCUCUCCCGCCCUUGUUGCUACAUCUUCCCUGGUGGGAGAGGUGACUCUGCCUUCUUUGCUGUUAACGGUUUUAACAUAUUAGUCAAUGGUGGGUCUGACCCACGCUCCUGCUUCUGGAAGCUGGUGAGACAUUUGGACCGGGUUGAUUCCAUGUUGCUCACUCACAUUGGGGUUGACAACCUGCCCGGUGUGAACAGUCUGCUGCAGCGGAAAUCUGCAGAGCUGGAGGAGGAGCAGUCUAAUGGCUCCCAAAACAAUGAGGACUGGAUGAAGAACCUAAUUUCCCCUGAAGUUGGAGUGGUGUUCCUCAAUGCUCCAGAACGCCUGAAGACACUUCUUGGGGAUCCCAAAAUACUCCGUAGCUGUGACCAGGCUGCACUCACCUUGCAGUACUUGGAGAGACUGAUGAUCACACCAGAACCACUUUAUCGCUCCAACAGCUCUAAUAUUGAGCCUGUCAUCCUCUUCCAGAAAAUGGGAGUUGGUCGCCUAGAGAUGUAUGUACUCAACCCAGUUAAGGGUAGCAAGGAAUAUGAGGCUUUUCUGCAAAAUUGGCCUGGAAAUGGCUCUACCAUUAAAGCCUCGGAGAUGCCCUUGCCAUGCCUUGUCUCCAUCUGUGCUCUGCUUGUAUGGCAUCCCGCUAGUCCUCAAGAAAAGAUCAUUAGAGUUUUAUUUCCUGGGUGUACACCUCAAAGCAAAAUUCUGGAGGGGUUAGAGAAGUUAAAACACUUGGACUUUCUCAAGCACCCUGUAGUAUGUCUCAGGGAUCUUGAAACAUCCAAAUCUGAUAAGCAACCAAAACGUGCUGAGAGCAGGGAGAGUCUAAAGUCUGCAUCUAAAGACUCUAGACUUGGAAAUGCUGUUGUGAAAGAGAAGUUAGGUCGUAUUGACAUUAAGAAGCAAGAUCCCAAAGGCAAAGCCAAAGGGACAAAUGACAUAGCCUCAAAAGAAGGGAAAGAGAGUGAAGACAAACCCAAAUCGAAGGAAGGUGAUGUCAAACCAAAGCCACAAAAACUUGAUAAAGUUGUAACUAAGAAAGAACCAAUGAAGGAUGACAAGAAAGAAGUCAAAAAGAAAGAAGAAAAACCUGCAACCGGUAUUUCUAAGAAAGAGGAGAAUGGAGAGAAAAAGAAAGAGCCAGUGAAGAAGGAACCUCUUGCUGCAAAAUCUAGGAAAGACAUAAAGCCAGACCUGAAGAAGGAAAUGAAGAAGGAGUUGAAAGUUGAGGAGAAGAAACAAACAAAGGUUCCAGGCAAGGACAUCAAGAAACCGGCUACAGCAUCUGCAGCUGCAGCUUCAUCUGCUGGAGACCAAAAGAAAACUUCUGGAAAGAAUGGGACUUUAAAGAAAGAGAUGUCCUUAAAAAAGGAAGCUAUAAAUAAAGGGGCUAAACCAAAGACUGGCAAAAAGGAUCAGGAGAACCUUAAGACAUCAGGUGCCACUGAAGUGGAUGCAGAUCGCUCCAAGAUGUCAACACCAGAGGACAUGACAGCAGAAUUUGAGAAGCUGAGAGAGGAGCAAGGGCAGCAGGACAGGUGCACAGAUGAAGAGAACACUAAAACUGAGUGUAAAGUUAUUGAGAAUCAGACGGAGAAGUUGGAAGAAAGCAAUGGCAUGAAUGGAGCUAGAACAGAAGAGACUGAAAAUUUAGAUAGCCCAGAAAAGUUCCGCUCAAUGGAUACGUUUGGAAAUCCUACCAAGUCUAUUGGACCAUCAUCUCCUCUUGCAAAGACGCCAAAAAGUGACCGGAGUGUGAAUUUUGACGUCACACCCACAGAGUACAGACUGCUUGAUGGAGCCUUGAAGGAUAGCUUGUUGAGAAAUGGACAAGAAGAUGCAUGUGCUAGCUCUGAUGAGAAGACCCUGGAGCUGGUCUCUCCCCCAGGUUCAGGCCCAAACAGUGCUGGACAUACCCCUUUUCACCAAUCCCCUGCGGAGGAUUGCCUAGGCUCUGGAGAGGACAGCAGCCUUGGGGCUAAAGACAGUCGAGUCAUGGGAUCCUGUAGAAACUCUGAAUCAGGGUGUCUAAAAAGUAAUUUGGAGAACAAUUCAUCUUCCUCCCAGGACAAGCACUCUAGCUACUUGGUAUUGAGUCCCUUCAAGGACAUGCUACCUGAUGUUUCCCCAACUAUCACAACCCCAUCUUUACCAGCAGAAGUUGGUUCUCCACAUUCGACAGAAGUUGAUGAAUCUUUAUCUGUGUCUUUUGAGCAGGUUCUUCCACCCCUUUGUGAAUCUCCCAUGGAGGAGAUGGGUGACCGGCUCUUUUCUAAUGGACACUUUGUUGACCCUGACUCCAAAGUGGGAAUGUCCCUGCCAUUGAGAACAUCUCAUAACAUUAGGCCACCAGGUGAUGGAUCAGAGGGAAGGCUCCCAGGACCACAGGGUCUUCUUACUGAAGUUCCUCCCCAUGAUGUUGACCUUUGCCUUGUCUCACCCUGUGAGUUCAAGCAUCACAAAUCUCCAGAGAACCAGCAGCAUCAAAUUUCUCCAGGGUUGGCUAACCCUAGCCCACACGACCUCUCAGAAGACAGUGACCUCUCCCAAGAGCUGGCUAAACCACUGGCGCAGCGUUGCACUGGCAACAACAGGCACUCACCUCAAGGCCAGGAGACCCCACCUACUUCUGCCAGUGAGUCCCUUCCUACAGCUUCUGACUCGGAUGUUCCCCCUGGGACAGAGGACUGCCCGUCCAUCACUGCAGAUUGUGCUUUAGAUUCUGAUGAUGAUUCUGCUGGAAUUUUCCCUCCUCAGCAGCCACAUGAUCUACCCAGCUCUCGCUCCUCUCACAGAGGCACACACUUUUCUUCUCAAGACCCUCCUCCAGCUCCCAUGAAGGAUUUGCCCCCACUGCCACCGCAGCCUGGGGCCUGUAUGGCUGACCCUGAGCCUGAAGCACAAGCUAAGAAUACAAAAAGUACCAUUACGAAACCCAAGAAAUCAGCAGGAGUCACUCAGAGGCCAGGCACAAGCAAUAGUUCAGUACAGAGCAGCAAGACUAAAUCUGGUACCCUCGGGAGCUCCAGUGGCUCUUUGAGGGCAAGCUCCAGCCUUGACACAAGACCCCCAUCUCGUGGUACCACCGCUAGCUCCCGAACAGGGACCACUAGGCAACCUGCAGCAGGCUCUUUGGGUACUAAGGCGGGUGCAGCUGGUGGAGUACCAGUUUGUUUGGACCUGGCAUACCUCCCCUCGAGCUGUGCAGCUGCCACUGUUGAUGUGGAGUUCUUCCGUCGCUUACGCUCUUCCUGCUACAUCGUCAGUGGAGAUGAGCCUAUGAAGGAGGCUGUCAUGAGGCCCAUUCUUGAUGCUCUACUGGAGGGCAAGACGGCAUGGCCUGGUGUUCAGGUGACCCUGAUCCCUACAUUUGACUCCCUUACGAUGCACGAGUGGUACCAGGAGACCCAUGAGAGGCAGAGGGAGCUGGGCAUCACAGUGCUGGGGAGCAACAGCACUGUCGCCAUGCAGGAGGAGACCUUCCCUGCCUGCAAGGUGGAGUUCUGAGAGAGUGGAGCAAAGAGGAGGUUGAAGAAACAAGAAAACCCGUCCUCUGUGGCCUGCAGAGAGACUCCCCCUCAUGCACCAUUCCCCUUCAUACCACCAAGUUUUUUUGUGAAAGCAGUUCCAUACCCCCUUAUCUGUGCUUCUCUCCUCCCCUUAUUUCCUGUCGAAUGGUUCAGGAGGUGUGGCAUACCACAUGCCUGUUAGGUUGUGGGGUCUUCUGCAUUGCCCCCUUCUGGAGAAGGGGAGCUAAUUACAGUCCCCGAACAAAUAUUCCCUUAUCUCGUUUUGCCAUGGGGAUAUCUAAUCAAAUGGGGUGGAAUCCGGUAUGGUCCCACUUGUCAUAAUAUUGAAAAUUCUGGUUCCACUUAUAUUAAUGGAAGCUGCUCGAUUAAAAUUAAUGCUUGGGGGGGGGGGGGGGGGUGCACUGCAUAAUCAGUGCUGACGUAUAUUCCCUGAAAUUCUGGGCAUCAACUGAGGAGAGAGGCAUCAACUGAGGAGAGAGAGCUGUCUGCGGAACAUUCUGAGACCCCUGACCCUCAGCCCAUAAUGGACAUGCCUUCAAAAUUCAAGUGGAAGGGUUUUAUUUUUCGUAAGUUUUUCCUUAUACUGAUUUGCACAGUUCAUCCAAGGACAGAGGGAAAGUGAGGGGAGGGGAAGAUACAGGAAGGCAUGAAAGUCUUGCACUCCCAUCAAGAAGGGUCUUCUAAAAAAAGUCACACCCUGAGGAUUGUGCGUCACUACACCUUUAGCAUUCCCUGCAUGCUUUUGACAGGACUAAUAUUGGUAGGUCAGCAGCUCACCGUCUGGAGUAAUUAACAGGAAAAAAAUACUUGCGGAUGGACAGGGUGAGUUACAUAAAAGUAACUCCAUCAGUAGACUGUACAUGUAGGUAUUGAGGGAAUAUUCAUAACCUUUAAGGGUAUGUAAGUUGAAAGCGUGUAAUAAGAAGGUUUUGGAAGUCAACCAUAGAAUAAUAAAUGGUUACGGCAGAGAGGGAGUUAGAGGAUGAAAUUGGAUUGUAACCCAUUGCGAAUGGGAUUGUAACCCAUUGCGACCCAUGAUCGGGUCGUGCUCUCAAAGAAUGCAGUUAGCCACCUGGCUGUUGAACCAGCUUGGUUACAAAGUUGGAGAGAACCAAUGAUGGGCCUGUCUGAACAAAUGAUGUCUGACAAAAAUAAUUGGAUGGAUAAUGUAUGGAAUCCUGGUGCAAUGCACAGCAAUGGACAAUGCUGAAACCAUGAUCUCUCAAACUGAAUACUCUUUCUUGUUUGUAAUGGAUCAGAAUUCAAUCAUUGAUUCACAGAGAACCUCGGUAGUACCCAUUCCAAGCAGGCAGAACUGUUACGGCGGAGCUGCUGCUUACAGUAGGCCAUCAGAAAUGUGUAUGUACAGUACUGACCACUGUGUGCAUCACAUCAACUUGUUUGUAGUGCUUGAAAUGUUAUGAUAUACAUGUUGGAGUAAAAAAACGAAACGGUGAACUCAUUGAACUGUAACAGGCUAAAAGUUUGAAUUGAGAUGUGUGCAAUUGAUUAAUCAGGUGGCUUUGAUGACUUUCCUCUGGACCACAGUUGCUUCAGUGCCUAAAAGUUAAAUAAUUUGCGCACACAACAAAGAAAAGAAAAGAAACAUCCGCUGUAAUAUUUCUGUGUGUGUCAUGUUUAUAGCUGUAGGAUGUAGAGGGGUUGUUCUCUGUGAAUUGUACUGCGUUUAGCCUUUUAUCACUGCGUACAGAAUUGAGAAUGCAUGCCAAGGCCACCCAACCACCGCACCCAAUUUGUCUGCCCCUUCGACUAACACGACUUGUCUGGAGAUGUCUUGUGACCUCAAGCAAGUGAACUCAAUCAGCUGUUGUCUUUUUUUUUCUCUCUCUCCCCAAAAAAUUUUAGUUUUUUGUUUCGGGGGGAAAAAAAAAAUUUGAUUACAUAUCCGGAAAAUGAACUGUUUUUAACAAUGUCGGAAAUGAUUUGUUAAUAGGCAUGCUGAACUAUAUGAGCAUGGGUAUUCAUUGAUGUUUUUUGUUUUGUUUUGUUCUUAGUCAUGCCUUAUUUGAAUGAAUGAAACUAUCUCUAGCGUUUUCUACAGCCGAAGUAUCAGAAUAGUCAGAGUAUCAGAUAGAAGCUUUAUGUUAAAAUGCUUAGAAAGACAUGUUCUGUGGAAUCUGCUAGAAAUCCCUACAACUGGUAAAGCAGAGAUAUGUACGAUUAUUUUUGUUUUUUUUCUGUUUUUUUUAUUUACAAGCACUCUCAAAAUUGUAUUGGUUAAAAUUAGGUGGCUGAUUUAUUUAUUUUGUUUCUAAGUUAUUAGGUUUUUAUUAUUUUUGUUCUGUAAUUUAAAAUAACACUCAUGUGUAGAGGUUAUUAAUGAUGGUCAUCUUGCUUAGCUCAAGGCUGUUCAUGUCACCCUUUUCUACCCAGCAGGUUAUGGCAUGUUAAUUUGAGAACUGUAGUAGUGCAAGACUGUAAUCAACCAAUAUUCGUGCCUCUGGACAGAUGGCUCUACCCACCAUUUUUCAGAAUGUGCUGCUUUUUUCUUUUUUUUUUUUUUUUUGAGACUUUCAUCAGAGCUUUACUGUUGCAUGAAUGCAGCAGAGAUUCACAACAUUUGGGAAAUGUGUAAUUCGCCAAACAAACUUUAAAUGUCUUUUUCCAGACAUCCCACCCAAUUUCUCACUCUUGCUAACAUGUAUUUGCAUGGGUAAGCUUUACUUUGGUUUUGUACUAGUUGUGGCUUUUUGUGCAUGUCCUGCCCCCUGUUGGCUGUACAGCAUAACCUUGUAAACUCCCCAUCUCUCAUACCGAAGUCUCUGGAUCUGAAAACCUGCAAAUGUUUCCUUUUUUUUUUUUACAUCUGAGAAGGACUUACUUUAACCUUGAAUGUGCAUUCUUUUAAAACAAUUUUAAUGUGAGCCUCUACAAAGCAUAGAUUCUUUAUACAUCAUACUGUCCUGCUUAGAUUGUCACUCCAUUUAGCAGUCACUGUACACCUACCCCUGUUCUACCAUGACAGGCAUUGAAAUAGUUAGGUGUGCACCUGUCAAAAUUUCAACUCCGGGAGCGAUGUGACCGAAAUGUGUCCACCGAGCCAUGUUUAAUCGCGUUCUGUCAUUCCGGAAUGAUCAAUCACCUGAGCACUGAGUACAGUUUUACAAAACAGCCAAUGUGAACACCUCUUGUGAGACCUUUAUUCUGUCCCUCUGUGACGGGGUAAUCCCCAUCAUCAUCACUACCACAGGUUUUACACAACUUUUAACAAGUUCAAUACUGUUUUUGAGUCCAUUUGAAUAUUUCAGGAUGUUACUCAUUAGAUGAAUAAAAGUUAGUUUCCCCUAAUGUUCUACUGGCCUCCCCAGCAUGACUGCUGUGGUUUUUUGAAGUGCUGCUACAAGUGCAAGCAAGAAGUCCAGUGUGAAGGGGGGAGUGUUGUUGCUGUCGAGAGAAAGGACUGAGGACCGUAUCUUUUUUUCUGGGUUUCACGCCAACUUCUACUCUUACUUGUUUAAUUAGCCCAAUCUUUAUGUAAUUGAUAUUUUAGUAAAAAUUUCUUAUAAAACAUUCAUGAAUGACAGAUGAAGACUGUUCCUGUAUCCCAACAUGAAACAUAUUGUUGUUGUCUAAUCUAUGAUUAAACCAGCAUAAAUGUAUUCAGCUAAUUGGCUAAUUUUGCCAGUGUAAUUGGUGACGAUGAAAACCUUCAUGCACACCAGCCCUGCUAUGAAGGCUUGAUGGUAGAUCAUUCAGUAUUGAAACACUAAUUUUUUUGUUUGUUCGUUUUGUUUUUUCCUUUUCAAUAAAUAUGCUUCUUUUAUAAA